AUGCCAAGCAGAACACUUGCGAAAAGAGGCAACUGGUGCUUUGAACAAUCAGAAAAGAGGGACUUUCGCAGGUCCAGUGGCAGUCAUCACUUUAUCUCUGGUGUAAAUUGGCAGUAUGGACUUCUAGGGACUACGACAUCUGGGAAGUCUUAUAGGCUUGAACAUGAAGCUACAAUCCGGGAAAUGCAGGGAAAGGUCACUGAUCUUUGGCGCAUCAAUCAACAGCAAGAGGAGAAGGUCAGGGAUUUGGAGAAGCAAAAUGAAGAUCGAAAUGUCAAAUUUGAAACCACAAAACACAAACUCAUACGGACUGAAGUCACGAUCCUAGCUCUAGAGGCCAUGGUUAAGCUCCAGAAAACCCAGAUCGAAGAUUUGAAACAGGAGUCUCACCAGCACCAGGACGAAACGGAGGCGUUGAAGAAUCAGAACAAAUGCCAUAAGCUAGAACAUGCCACCAGAGUCUCAGAGCUGGAGAAAGCUGAGAUCCAAGCAAUAAAGGAUCGUCUGCAGGACAAAGAGAAUCUCAUGUCCAAGCUACCAGACGCCUCGCAAACAAAAGAUUCAUCGUGGGAAACUCAAUCACAGCGACUUUCCUUGCUGGAAACUCAGGUCGAAACUAUAGAGGCUGAAAAGCGACGCGAAGAGUCUAGAAGCCAAGAACUCGAAAUAAAGUACAGCACCGAGACAUUCCCACGUAAGAAGUUACAACAGCAACUCAACCUGAACCAAUACGACGUUGACCAAGUAAAUGAAAUUGCUCAGAUUCUGGGGUUCCAUUUUAACAGCACCUAUGUCAGAUUCUCUGGGGAUAAUAAGCUCCAUACAAAGUCGGAAUUGGAGGAGGCGUAUAAAGAAGCGCAAAGGCUGCAGGGUAAACGGUGGGGAGUGGCUCCGGCGCGACGAAUGCGUAUUCAAGAAGAAGAGGACCGAGAAAGCUAUGCUUACUCAGACGAGUAUUAA